AUGGGGCUAUCAAGUGAUCCACAUUUCCAGAAACUUGAACAAUGGUACAAAUCCAAAGCUGGGAACCUCAACAUGAGGGAUAUGUUUGAUGCUGACAAGGAUAGAUUCAGCAAAUUUAGGUAAGUAAGCUUUCGAUUGUUAUUAUGACCAAUAGCCGCUACUAUACCGAAAUUUGGCACGGUAUCUUGCAUCUGUAUAGGUCAAACAAUUGAAUAAGGAGCUAGCUAGCUAAAUCAAUAGAGCCAGUGAAUGGGAUGCGUUUUUGUUGUUGUUGCACAUCUUGGUACCAGUCAAAUGUGAUUCCAUAACUAUAGUAUAAGCUUUAUAGUAUAAGUAGGGAAGCAAGAAUGGUCAUUUCCCUUUUAGCUAUGUAGUUAUCUGGCUAAUAGAAAGCUCUUCAUACUUGUAUGAGUACACAGUACAAGGUCAUCGUUUGUGAUCGAUUGCUUUUCCAGUCGUAAAACAUAGCUUAGUAUCUGAUUUGUGAAAUGUUCGACAUGAUCUCAUGUUCCAUUUCGAAUUUGUCAGAUGCUAUUCAUUAUUCUUUCGCUCUACACCCAGUUACAUUGUAACUAGCUAUGUUGUCAUCGAGCUGUCAAAUAUAUUCGUUUUAACUAGGGCCCCAUUUAGCUGGGUUAGUAUGCUAGCUAAUGCUGUAUGUUCGCUUCCUUUCAUUAAGCAGCUGGCGUUGGCUAUCUACGUGCAGUUUUGCACAUACAUAGCCUACCGGUAGGCGUUUGAAGUCUAGCUAACGUGGGACCUAAACCCAGCCUAGACCUCUUUUAGGUACCACUGACAAAUUUACUGAAACAAUAUAACCAUCAAGAUGGCUGUCACGACGUUCUAACGGAGUGGUCUGCAGUCACACGCACGCCCGCCGUUAAGCAACAAGGCUAGCUUGCUACGCCCCUACAAUAAAACCUGCACCAUCUUCCGUAAUAGAAACCCUGAUAAUAAAAUUGUGUACCUUCUCUCACCAAGCCACAUUAACACUGCAACACAUACACAGUCAGUAACACAUAAUCUUGUUACAAUUCAGAAUAAAUUAUGUAAUUGGCACAGUAAGAUAAAUUCCAACGAUCUACUUUAUCACUGUACAUAGAAAUUAUAAGGAAUUAGUUAGAAACCCUAUUUGAUCGUUCUAGAUUUUUUACAUUUGUUUUCUAUGUUAUCUCUUUCCUUGGUAGCACAACCCUUGAGACAGAUGAUGGAGACAUCCUGCUUGAUUACUCCAAGAAUCUUGUCAAUGAGGAAGUCAUGAGGAUGCUGCUGGCCAUGGUAAAACACAUCAAUGUUAUGUAUUCUCAUAACUAUAGCAGUUGUGAGAAGAUACUACCAUAACAGUAGAUGUUUGCUCUCAGUUUUGACCCAAUGGGAAUGACCGACCUCAAGAACCUAUACACAGUUCACCAUCCAACAGAUGGCUCCAACAACUAGCGUGACAUAGGCUAUUAACCAAAAUUGACAAACAUGUUCACCAAAUUAAAUACCAAUGUAGCCAAGAUAUACAAGCGAUAGCCUUCGAUGGCAGCAUAUUUCAAAUCAUCUGACAAAAUGACACACUGCUCAUUUCAGCCAUAGACCGAUGUAGCGUCUAUAGUUUGAACUGAUAGGUGACACUAAAAUACCAAUAUAUGGACAACUUUCCUUUGGAUAAUUUGCAAUGUAAACUCCAUAGUAUUUCACAAUGGAUUUACAAUUCUUCCAAUGCGAUGCAUGUGCAAACCCACAAAUAAUAUUAUGUGAAAUAUUUUUAUUUAUUUUAAUUAAGGUUCUAACUAAAUUUCCAUAUCAACAAUCGAAAUUACUGAAAAAGUUAAAACAUUAGUGUCUCAUUAAAACAAAAUGCUAGCGUGAUAAAUCAAAUGCAUUCAAAGUUAUGUCUAUUCUCAUUAUUCAAGAUUAGCCUAACCCGCAAAUUGCUAAGUAAAAUGCAUUUAGGCCUACCUUUACUUGUAAAUUAGUCUGGUGAACCUCCGUGACAGCGUUGUAGAAGUCACAGCAGAGCCCCAUGUCCAUUAUUUUAUUCUGCAUGGGUCAUUCCAUAUAAUUUCAGCAAGCCAUGACAUCCACCAUCUCAGAUUGUUCUGAAAUCGUUUCUGUUGUUAGAAACAUAAGAUUAGCAUUCCUGAAACAUUAUUUUGUUGAAAUAUAAUUUGAUCUCUGAGAAAUGAAGCUAAUUGAUUGCAUCCAAAUGGGCCGUUUUAAUUUAUAGAAUUCAUAUAAUUGUCAAUAAAUAUAGUACCUGACAUUCGAUUUGGACCAUAAUUAUUCCUAACAAUGAGUAAGGCAUGAGGAAUCUAAUAAACGGACCCCCAACACCCCAUGCCAAUCGCACCCCAACAACCAGUAUACAGUAUCAGUUCUCUAUGUUUGACAAGUAGUAUAAAGAUGUGGUUUGGAUUAUUGCUUCUUCAUCCUUUGUAAUGUAUUCCCUGUGAAUCUGGUGAUGGUUUCCCCCCCCCUGUUUAGAGAAAUUAGCCAUUGAAGUCGCUUGCAUUAUUUACCCUAAAUUAGUGUGAAAGUACCAUGUUUUGCCCACUAGAUGCUCCUGUUCCUGCUACUACCACCACACCCUUUUAUCCAUUUUGCUGGUCUCUUGUGUUUAUUAAAUGGUUCUCAACAUUUUCUUUGCCACUUUGGGUAGAAAACCAAUAGCUUUUGUUGCCUGGCUACCCAAACUCCUCGCUCCGGCCAAACGCUACUCCACGCCCACGGACGUUAGCUUCUUCUCCACAUGGAGUCUGGAUCUGAGUACCUCCCUGACGAUUUCUAGAACCAAACACGUUCCAACCGUUCUGAUUGAUCCCAGAAACCGAUGGGUUGGUCCAGAGCCAGAACACACACGGGUAAAGCGGCGUUUUGAAAAUGUGUCAUUGGCUUUGAUACUCUGAUUGGUGAUGACUUUAUUUUGUACAACACCCCUCAUUUUGAUGUCACCGCAAAUUACUUCAACGAUGGUAGUCUCAGACUGAAGUAUGUAGUGAACAUAGAGCAGCGGAAUAAUUCAGUUUGAGUUGUCAGGCAAUAGCUUUUUCUAAUGAUGAAAAUAAAUUGUGUGGUCAAGCCAGUCCUCCAUGAAAGCAAUUCUGUUUAUCCUGUUCUUAGCAACCUAAUGCUUAUCCUUGAAUAGUCCAACAAAUGGCAGCUCUCUGAGAGGGCUAUCCGUAUGGUGCAAUUCUCUAUAAUUUUUGUAUACAUUUGUAUUUUUUUACAAUACAAACUACAUCACACACAACUUCAACUACAUCACACCUGCCCAGACCCACAUGCUCACACCCCCAUCUCCAGCGCUCGCAUCACUCUCCGCCACAUGGCUUCAAACUGCACCAUUUGGUUUCUUGCCGUCGCCCACGCACUUAAAAAAUGUGAUAAUAAAGCAUUUGACCUUUCCAUUGUGUUAAGGACAGAGGACUGGUUGAUUUCCAGUUUUUAAGUAUAACUUUUUUUUUAAAGAUGAUUGAUGAGAAAAGUAUCGUCCAACCCUUCGGGUAUCAAACUGCACCCUCAUAUGCCAUGUCUUGAACUAUGCAAUUCUCAUAUGAAGACUUUUCCUGAAAGCCCAAAACUUUGGAGAAAUGGGCUAGUGACUAAAAUGUUGUGACAACCUUAAUAUAAUGAUUCAAUUAUAAACCAUUGCAUGGCAGUCGUAUGUUUUUCACAAAAAAUAUUAGAAAACAUCUUUUAUAUGUAGUGUGAUUAGUGACAUUUACCAUUUAACCCAACCCAAUACCAUAACAAAACACCAUACAGUGUGUUUGGGACUUUACCGUUGAACACCAUUAGAGACCAUAACAAACUAUUAUAACGGCUGUUUAUUGGUUUGCUUGUUCACCAGGAAUGGUCUAAAUAAUCCAGAUCUUUAAGAGGGGCGGUUUCCUGGACACAAAUAAAGCCUAAGAGAAGGACAAACUGAAUUGCUUUCAUGGAAGACUCAUCUCUUCUGUUUAGAGCAAGCGUUGGGGCUCUAAAUAAAACUCCCCCGGUCAGAAGAUACUAUCGUCAAUAGGCGCUAAAGCGGUUAGCAUCUAUGAACGGGGUAGCAGUGAGGGAGAUGGCGGUUGCCUGUCAUGUCACGUCUUGUGUGUAGAGCUCCUGUAUGCUGCCUCUGUCUGGUCUUAAGUUUCAUUAUAGUUGGAAGUUCCUCUUCGAACCGUCCAAACGGCACGUUACAUUAUUCCAACUUGGAAAAUUGUUUGAGGUGCAAUAGUGUCCAUUUGUCAGGUUGUUUUUGCUAGCUAGCUAGCUUUGUUCAAUUCAAGGGAUGCGAGCACCAAAUAAUGUGCACAGCUUACCCCAGGCAAUACCCACACCACAUGUUUAGGCAAUACGCAUGCGCAAAAUAUGAAAUUGUCUCAAUGCGACGAAUGAAGGCUAGGCAAAGCAGCAAGGCCUAUGCUGACCCUGUCCAUUAACAGUGACCGGAGUCAGAAAAGGCCGGGGCGCCCUCAACGAUUUGAAUGGCUGGGAAGGAAUGAAUACCCUGGCGCCUUUCCUGAGGUUUUGAUGCAGUUUUAGCAAAUUUGAGAUUUUGAGCAUAAAAACCACCAGAAUCAUUUAGAAAAAAAACUUUGAUAACACUAAAUAACAUUUUUUUAAAUAUAAUUUAAUUUGACUUUUCAUAACAGCUUUUUUUUAUUAGAUUAUCACAGGGUAAGCACUGCCUACCCUGACUGCACGUCUGUGUGUAUGUAUGAACGUAUUAUACAUACACACAGCCGGCAUGACUUACAGCCGGCUGUCAACCCUCAUCAACCUUAAGCCUCUUCUCUCCUAGUGAAAGUCUAUUUAAAGUCCUACCACUGCAUGUCAACUUAUUGUUGUGCUAGCUACCAGAUGGCUGUGAGAAACGUUGAUAAUGCAAUGCAUUUAAUACUUAAAAUUGUCUCUUCAUAUUUUACAAUCACAUCAGCAAUUCCAGUCCAUUCCCCAACAAUAGAACCCUUGAGAGUAUACCGUUGACAACACAUUUGACAGAAAUUGAAAAUGUCCUUGUAAUUGAAAUGUGGCCAGAUCACCCACUUCUAUUCAUUCAUCCAUCCAUAGUAGCUUGCUAGACUAGUACCCAGGGAAUGUGGUAAAACUGACAUUUAAAGUUAGACCAACACUUCCUUCUUAAGAUUAAGGAAGAUGGAUUGCUUAAAAUCAAGACAUUUCUAGUCCUACUGGUAUGUGCUGUCGCAAAUGCUACUUAUGUUGUAAUAACCUGUUUGUGGGCAUUGAAUGAUUGCAGAUGGUAGCAACAAUGUUGCUAUUCAAUGAUUGCGUAUGAUGGCAACAAUGAAUUGAAAACUUAAUGUAUCUAUCUUGUGCAGGCCAAGUCCAGGGGAGUGGAGGAAGCCAGAGACAAGAUGUUCUCUGGAGAGAAGAUCAACUUCACUGAGGUACCAGGACUACCUGAGUUCUUGCUCUCUCUAUUGUGUUUGAACAUUUUAAUGUUUUAACACUGGCAGAUGUAGAAAAUUAAGUGAAGAGGAAAAUGCUGAUUAUACUGUAAUAACCAUAGAAAUAUAAUCAUUCUAUUUCUAUUGUAAUAAUGCUAUGCUACCACCGAGAUGAGAGGAGGCUACUCUCAAAUUUGACAAAGUAGUACACUCUCACAUUAACUCUUCUCUAAAGAGUGGGCAGUUGUUGCACACUUUGUGGUCACUAUUGCAAAGUCAUUCAGGGAAAUCGUGGUUCUCCACCCCCUCUCCAAACACCAUUCAUGACGCAAUGACAACAUUGUGCAACCACUUCCUCAAUGAGACUGCACGUUAUAUACACAUAGGUAUUAUUCGAUAUGUUUACACAUGCAAAGAAAGGUAUUCAGAUUUUGAUAUCACUAUUUGUAUGGUAUUGAGAUUAUUAUAUUAUAUAUUUCUUAGAGGCAUGGGCAAAAAGUUAGCACUAUCCCUUUAAGUAAUAAACAUCUUAGUCAUGAUUAAUAAGUAUAUUAUAAUGUUAAAGUUUCUACCCCUAACUGUGUGUGUGUUUUUACGUGUCUUCGCGCGUGUGUAGGGCCGUGCCGUCCUCCACAUUGCCCUGCGUAACCGCUCCAACACUCCCAUCAACGUAGAUGGCCAGGACGUCAUGCCCGAGGUCAACAGGGUCCUGGACAAGAUGAAGGCCUUCUGUCAUGUGAGUGGAGACCAGUUUCAACUGUAACCCCAGCAUCUGUGCAAGGGCAUCUUUACAUGGAGAUAAAGCAAUUUGUUCCAUCUCUAUGCAUCUAUGGGGGCGUUUCCCAGACAAUUGUGUCCGGGAAAUUGCCCGUAUAUUAUUUUUAAUGGAUGGUCUUAAACUAAAUCUGAAUGGAUUAAAACACAACACAGUCACUACACAAACAUGUAAGAUUUGUGAGUAAAUUAAUUAAUAUAGUUAAUAAACUGUGUUGUAGUUGAUGGCGUCAGGUAAUGGGGGGGAGAUCGGAAUAAAGAGUAUUUGAAAAGGUGCUAGAUUAAUUCUCAUUAUGUUAAAAUUUAGAUGUACGCACACAGCUGACAUGUGCCUCCCCAAAAAUUGUUUGUGUUGCAGAAAGUGCGUAGUGGCGAGUGGAAGGGCUUCAGUGGAAAGGCCAUCACUGAUGUUGUAAACAUUGGGAUCGGUGGGUCUGACCUGGUGAGUGUGUGACUGACUGGCCAAACAACUAUUUUCUUCUUUUCAAUCAAAUGUAUUUUCUAAAGCCCUUUUUACAUCAGCAGUUGUCACAAAGUGCUAUACAGAUACUCAGCCUAAAACCCAAAAGAGCAAGCAAUGCAGAUGUAGAAGCACGGUGGCUAGGAAAAACUCCCUAGAAAGGCAGGAACCUAGGAAGAAACCUAGAGAGGAACCAGGCUCUGAGGGGUGGCCAGUCCUCUUCUGGCUGUGCCAUGUGGAGAUUAUAAGAGUACAUGGCCAUUUAGACCAGAUUGUUCUUCAAGUGUUCAUAGAUGACCAGCAGGGUCAACAGUUCAACACCUUAGGAGUAAAUGUGCCCUAGGGACGGCAUGGGAGAGAGUGAGCAAGCCAGUGAUUCAGCCCCCCGCAAUAGGGUCUGAGGCACAGAAUCCCAGUGACGAGUGGGGAGCCGGCCAGGCAGAGACAGCAAGGGUGGUUUGUUACUCCAGUGUCUUGCCAUUAACCUUCAUAGGACCUACUGAAGAGAUUAGUCUUCUUCAGUAAGGACUUAAUUUUUGUUUUGUUUUUAAUGUUUAGUCAUUUAGCAGACACUCUUAUUCAGAGCGACUUAGAGGAGCAAUUCGGGUUAAGUGCCUUGCUCAAGGGAAAACGGCAGAUGUUCUUUCCACCUAGUCGGCUCAGGGAUUUGAACCUGCGACCGAGACUUUGUAUUUAAAUAAAUAAAUAAAAAAUACGAGGUAGCCAUGUCCUAUUGUAUUAGUGUGAGCUGUAUUGGAUGCUUGACUGAGUCAUGCUCAGAAAAAAAAAUGUCAUGCUGAGUAUUAUAAACUGUAAUGGUUCAUUAUGUGACUCAGAUAUUUGCUGUUGUAUUCCUCUGAGCUAUUCAAUAGUCUCACAGAGCCAUACAGUGGGGAGAACAAGUAUUUGAUACACUGCCGAUUUUGCAGGUUUUCCUACUUACAAAGCAUGUAGAGGUCUGUAAUUUUUAUCAUAGGUACACUUCAACUGUGAGAGACGGAAUCUAAAACAAAAAUCCAGAAAAUCACAUUGUAUGAUUUUUAAGUUGUCAUGCUGGAAGACCCAGUCACGACCCAUCUUCAAUGCUCUUACUGAGGGAAGGAGGUUGUUGGCCAAGAUCUCGCGAUACAUGGCCCCAUCCAUCCUCCCCUCAAUACGGUGCAGUCGUCCUGUCCCCUUUGCAGAAAAGCAUCCCCAAAGAAUUAUAUUUCCACCUCCAUUCUUCAGAGUUGGGAUGGUGUUCUUGGGGUUGUACUCAUCCUUCUUCUUCCUCCAAACACUGCGAGUGGAGUUUAGACCAAAAAGCUCUAUUUUUGUCUCAUCAGACCACAUGACCAUCUCCCAUUCCUCCUCUGGAUCAUCCAGAUGGUCAUUGGCAAACUUCAGACGGGCCUGGACAUGCGCUGGCUUGAGCAGGGGGACCUUGCGUGCGCUGCAGGAUUUUAAUCCAUGAUGACGUAGUGUGUUACUAAUGGUUUUCUUUGAGACUGUGGUCCCAGCUCUCUUCAGGUCAUUGACCAGGUCCUGCCGUGUAGUUCUGGGCUGAUCCCUCACCUUCCUCAUGAUCAUUGAUGCCCCACAAGGUGAGAUCUUGCAUGGAGCCCCAGACUGAGGGUGAUUGACCGUCAUCUUGAACUUCUUCCAUUUUCUAAUAAUUGCGCCAACAGUUGUUGCCUUCUCACCAAGCUGCUUGCCUAUUGUCCUGUAGCCCAUCCCAGCCUUGUGCAGGUCUACAAUUUUAUCCCUGAUGUCCUUACACAGCUCUCUGGUCUUGGCCAUUGUGGAGAGGUUGGAGUCUGUUUGAUUGAGUGUGUGGACAGGUGUCUUUUAUACAUGUAACGAGUUCAAACAGGUGCAGUUAAUACAGGUAAUGAGUGGAGAACAGGAGGGCUUCUUAUAGAAAAACUAACAGGUCUGUGAGAGCCGGAAUUCUUACUGGUUGGUAGGUGAUCAAAUACUUAUGUCAUGCAAUAAAAUGCAAAUUAAUUACUUAAAAAUCAUACAAUGUGAUUUUCUGGAUUUUUGUUUUAAAUUCCGUCUCUCACAGUUGAAGUGUACCUAUGAUAAAAAUUACAGACCUCUACAUGCUUUGUAAGUAGGAAAACCUGCAAAAUCGGCAGUGUAUCAAAUACUUGUUCUCCCCACUGUAUAUGGCUUUGGUACAGACCUGGGUUAUAACUAUAGUUUGAACUAUGCUUUGUGGAAACAAACUAUUUUUUGGAGGGAACAAAUAGUUACUUUGGAGACGACUACAACUAUUUGAAUACAGAUUUUUUUGUUAAUUACUAUUUGAACACAGAUCUGAGAAAGCAACUACUUUUAAAAAUAUACAUAUUUGAAUACAGGUCAUAGGAAGUGACUACUUUUCUGAAACUGUUGGAUUGGCUGCCUUCAACUAAUGGCAGGGCUAUAUCUGGAACUGCAUGUUGAAGAUAUACUGUAAAUAGAAUGAAUAGAGCACACACAUUAUCCUAUACUAUUCCAAUAUGAUAGAAAUGUAUUGUGUAGAUCCAAUAUGACUAUCUGAACAUUUUGUGAUGUCCAUUCUCCUGAAUAUCCAUUGCCCCAGGGGUACAGUGCCUUGCAAAAGUAUUCAUCCCCCUUGGCGUUUUUCCUAUUUUGUUGCAUUACAACCUGUAAUUUAAAUGGAUUUUUAUUUGGAUUUCAUGUAAUGGACAUACACAAAAUAGUCCAAAUUGGUGAAAUGAAAUGAAAAGAAUAACCACUUUUCCAUUAUUUCUUUCUAAAAAAUAAAUAACGGAAAAGUGGUGCGUGCAUAUGUAUUCAACCCCUUUGCUAUGAAGCCCCUAAAUAAGAUCUGGUGCAACCAUUUACCUUCAGAAGUCACAUAAUUAGUUAAAUAAAGUCCACCUGUGUGCAAUCUAAGUGUCACAUGAUCUGUCACAUGAUCUCAGUAUAUAUGCACCUGUUCUGAAAGGCCCCAGAGUCUGCAACACCACUAAGCAAGGGGCACCCCCAAGCAAGCGGCACCAUGAAGACCAAGGAGCUCUCCAAACAGGUCAGGGACAAAGUUGUGGAGAAGUACAGAUCAGGGUUGGGUUCAAAAAAAUAUCAGACACUUUUAACAUCCCACGGAGCACCAUUAAAUCCAUUAUUAAAAAAUUGAAAGAAUAUGGCACCACAACAAACCUGCCAAGAGAGGGCCGCCCACCAAAACUCAUGGACCAGGCAAGGAGGGCAUUAAUCAGAGAGGCAACAAAGAGACCAAAGAUAGCCCUGAAGGAGCUGCAAAGCUCCACAGCGGAGAUUUGAGAAUCUGUCCAUAGGACCACUUUAAGCCGUACACUCCACAGAGCUGGGCUUUACGGAAGAGUGUCCAGAAAAAAGCCAUUGCUUAAAGAAAAAAAUAAUAAGCAAACACGUUUGGUGUUCGCCAAAAGGCAUGUGGGAGACUCCCCAAACAUAUGGAAGAAGGUACUCUGGUCAGAUGACUAAAAUUGAGCUUUUUGGCCAUCAAGGAAAACGCUAUGUCUGGCACAAACCCAACACCUCUCAUCACCCCGAGAACACCAUGUUUUUCAUCGGCAGGGACUGGGAAACUGGUCAGAAUUGAAGGAAUGAUGGAUGCCGCUAAAUACAGGGAAAUUCUUGAGGGAAACCUGUUUCAGUAUUCCAGAGAUUUGAGACUGGGAUGGAGGUUCACCUUCCAGCAGGACAAUGACCCUAAGCAUACUGCUAAAGCAACACUCAAGUGGUUUAAGGGGAAACAUUUAAAUGUCUUGGAAUGGCCUAGUCAAAGCCCAGACCUCAAUCCAAUUGAGAAUCUGUGGUACGACUUAAAGAUUGCUGUACACCAGCGGAACCCAUCCAACUUGAAGGAGCUGGAGCAGUUUUGCCUUGAAGAAUGGGCAAAAAUCCCAGUGGCUAGAUGUGCCAAGCUUAUAGAGACACACCCCAAGAGACUUGCAGCUGUAACUGCUGCAAAAGGUGGCUGUACAAAGCAUUGACUUUCGGGGGGGUGAAUAGUUAUGCACGCUCAAGUUUUCAGUUUUUUUGUCUUAUUUCUUGUUUGUUUCACAAGAAAAUAUAUUUUGCAUCUUCAAAGUGGUAGGCAUGUUGUGUAAAUCAAAUGACACAAACCCCGACAAAUCAAUUUUUAAUUCCAGGUUGUAAGGCAACAAAAUAGGAAAAAUGCCAAGGGGGGUGAAUACUUUCGCAAGCCACUGUACAUAAUCAAGUCUAACCAAUUAAUCAAUGAUAUUAUGUACAGAUAUAGAGCCUAUAGACAGCCUACACACACUUUUUUCACAUUUUGUUGCUUUACAAAGUGGCAUUGAAAUGGAUUUAAUUUUAAUUUCUUGUCAUUGAUCUACACAAAAUACUCCGUAAUGUCAUAUUUGUUACUAGUAAUUUUUUUAAAGUAUAGUCGUUGCAUAAGUAUUCACCUCCCUUUGUUUAGGCAAGCCUAAAUGAGUUCAGAAGUAAAAUCUGGCUUAACAAAUCACAAGUUAUAUGGACUCACUCUGUGUGAAAUAAUAGGGGUUGACAUGAUUUUUUUAAUGACUUCCUCUGUCUCCCAUACAUACAACGUCUGUAAGGUCCCUCAGUCAAAUAUUGAAUUUCAAGCACAGAUUCAGCUACAAAGACCAGGGAGCAUUUUGAAAUCCUCAUAAAGAAGGGCAGUGAUUUGUAGAUGGGUAACAAUAACAAAUCAGACAUUGAAUAUAUAUUUAACCAUGGUCAAGUUAAUAAUUAUGCUGUGGAUGAUGUACUAAACCGCACAGAUUCUUUCUCACCCAUCUACACACAAUACCCCAUAAUGACAAAGUGAAAACCUGAUUUUAGAAAUGUUUUUAAGUUUAUUCACACCCCUGAGUCAAUACAAGUUAGAAACACCUUUUGGCAGCGAUUACAGCUGUGUGUCUUUCUGGGUAAGUCUCUAGGAGCUUUGCACACCUGGAUUGUACUUGGAAAUCUAUGGCAAGCCUUGAAAAUGGCAGUCUAGCAAUGAUCAACAACCAACUUGACAGAGCAUGAAGAAUAAAAAAAUAAAUAAUGGGAAAAUAUUGCACAAAACAGGUGUGCAAACAGACAUACCCAAAAAGACUCACAGCUGUAAUCACUGCCAAAGGUGUUCCUAACAUGUAUUGACUAAGGGGGGUGAAUACUUAUCUAAUCAAAGUAUAUUAGUGUUUUAUUUUUCAUUAAUCUAAAAAUAAUGUUAUAAUUGUUCUUCCACUUUGACAUUAGAGUUUUGUGUAGAUCGUUGACAAAAAAUGACAAAUCGAUUUUAAUCCCACUUUGUAACACAAUAAAAUGUGAAGAAGGGGGGGGGUGUGGACUUUCUAUAGGCACUGUAAGUAUUAAUAAGUUGUGUGACGCUCAACUACUGUAUGACUCUUUAAACAUGCCACUGAAAAGGUUGAAAGCCACAAUUUAAUUGUAUGAUUCCUGAAAAUACUGCAGAGUAAUUCAAAGUUGGAUGCUUAGCAAAAACAAAUUUGAACCUCUUUGUCCAUCUGAGGGUAAGUGUUCUUGUUUCAAACACACACUAUACCAUAUUUCAAGGGAUAGUUUACCCCAGAAUAUAAACUAGCAUGAUUUUCCACCUACCUUGGCUGUAGUUGAUACAACAAGGCUGUUUUGGGAUAUUUUGUUUCCUUUUGACACUUAAUAGCCAUAUUUUGUUACUGUUAGCGUUCUCAGUAACACUUAACAUUAAACUGUUCUUGUGCCUCUGUAAUAAAGCUGUAAUGACUUUUGGAGCAACAUUCCUUCUAUCCCCUUUCAAUGCUUUUUAUAUAUUUUUUGCAUAUUUUAUUUUUUUACUGGUAACUGCUGUUGUAUUUAGUAGAUGCAUAAUACUUUGGUAAUUGCAUAGCAAUUAGCUGAGUUGGUGACUUCCUUAUUCCAUUCGUAAUAAUUCCAUUAUUAUGCAAUUAUAAAGCAAUUUCCAAAGUCCUAUAACAACAAUGUUGCUAUUGUAAUACUCAGAGUUACUACACAUGUAUAAGAACUUGAUGUCAAGUGUUACUGUAUUACCUUAUGUCUCACUCAUUAUUAACAUAUAUUUGUUAGUCAUAUUGAAGAUGCAAAAGUGGUCUACUCUAAUGUUGAGGUGAUUCCAUGUCCCUCAUGUAUUUAAUUCUAGGCUAUAUUAAGAUUAACAUCUACGAGCCCUCCAAACCAUGUGCUUAUCAUAUAUUUAGACUAAUUCAAGUAACUGUUAUAGUUUUUGGUACUUCAUCAAAUAUUUGGCAGACAUCAAAAUAGCUGGCAUAUAUUAAAAUACCUUCAAAUAUGAUUUGGUUUUCUGAGACCUAUAUUUGAAAAUCAAAGAAAAUAGUUGCCUUUUAACUCUAUAUAAACUAUAUUCGACUACCUUGAGUAUUUGAAAAGUUGGUAUUUUCAAAUAAACUACAAAGUACAGCUAUUUUCUGCCCAGGUUUGCUUUGGUAUUACAGUAGUGAGCUAUAAAUGUGUUAUUACUGUGGCGCUAAGCUGUGGUAUAAGCAGAGAAUACACUGCUGGGGUGUUGAUACAAAGCUAUGCUGUAGGCGGCACAGUAGGCAACAGAACAAAGAGUAUGCUUGAGCUGUUGCCUUGGUACUCACAGAUAGUGAACUGUGCUAUUCUUAUCCAGGAGUUCAGAACUUGGUAGAGUCUGGAGUUACUGUGAUUUGAUUCAAAGUAUUUUGUCAUGCUGUUAUGUCUCAUAAUAUUGUGUAUCCUCUCUUAAGAGCUCUCAAGUUGACAGGCUCUGAAGUCCUAAUGGAUACAGAAAACACCAAUAACAUUUUAAUGCUAAGUGCACAUAGGAUAGAGGGAAGUUGAAAUGGUAACACCGUAAUGUUGUGCAUCCUCCUCAGGGUCCUCUCAUGGUGACUGAGGCCCUGAAGCCCUACUCUAAGGGAGGCCCCAACGUGUGGUUCGUGUCCAACAUUGACGGCACACACAUGACCAAGACCCUGGCCCAGCUCAACGCUGAGACCACCCUCUUCAUCAUCGCUUCCAAGGUGACAGACUGACUCUACACACACACCUCCUCCUGUUGCCAUGGUUACACCCAUCCUAAAGCCAUAUGGAUCUAGAUGCUUAAAUAAUUCAAUGCUAUGAAUCAAUGUCUCAUUCAGUGCUAUGGUGGUUAAUAAUCUGUGUAUACAUGGUUGUGUUCUGGUAAAGUGUGAUAAUGUUUGAAUCAUCAUUUAUGGUUUGAAGCUGGAAAAGAUGGCAGGCUAAUGUUGCUCCUUCAAUGUCACACACUGUGAAAGCUGUGUACUACUUCCUCUGGGACUCAUGUCACACUGUUGUCCUUUUCAGACAUUCACCACCCAGGAGACCAUUACCAACGCUGAGUCUGCCAGGGACUGGUUCCUCCAGACAGCCAAUGACGUGAGUAGACUCCUGACACCUUUGUCUGUCUGUAACCAAUGGCGUUAUAUGUUCAGCCUACAUUCAGCCAAUAAUUUUAGUAGUUUCUCUGCAGACAAUACAUCAUUUUAGCCACACAGGUCAGUCAGUGUUGCCAAAUUAUCGACUUUGUCGCUGUAUUUAGUGAGUAUUCAGACCCCUCUAGCGACAUAUUUUCAAAAAAGCGACUAGCGACAAAUCUAGCAACUUUUUGUGGUGUUAUUGGGCCCAUCCCCUGUCCCAAAGCACUCACAGGCGGCCCAGUCCUCGCACAGCAGUCCCUCAUAUUUAGGGUGUUUUUUACUCACUUUUUGUCUCUCCCAAGACCUUAUUCCUCUCUCCUACAGCGUCCAUCACAAUUACAUGUACAUGGCCAAUUAUGCAAAUGUGGCGACUUCUAGCGACUUUUAGGACAGCCAAUAGCUACUUUCCUUACUGAGGAGUUGGCAACACUGAGGUCAGUUUAGGACAGUCCAAAGCACAGCUGGAGUGUCAUAUCACAUUUGGAUCGACUAACUCUAUUGUCUUCUUCACAGCAAUCUGCUGUUGCCAAGCACUUUGUGGCGCUGUCCACCAAUGCAGUAAGUGACCAUUUUGAAUGACACUUUCCAUCUUACAUUGUUACCUGCCUGCUGAACGGUAUAUUGCACAAGUAACUUUGACUGUUACUCUUUUUGGCGUCUCCCUUCUCUUCCAGCCCAAAGUGCAGGCGUUUGGUAUUGACACAAACAACAUGUUUGAAUUCUGGGAUGUAAGUAUACACUUCUAUUCACACUGAGUUAGCCUAUGGACCCCUAUGAAAUAAUUGAAUGAAUCUGAACUAAAGUGAGGCUUUAUUUUGCCACUUGUAAUUGACAAGUGUUUGUAUAAAAAGCAUUUCUGCAUUUAUUAAUUUUUUGCUGGGAGAUAUUUUGACCGCAUUCUAGGUGUGGUAUUUAUUUCUAAAGAAUUUGGAAUGCAACUGUUAAGCGUAUGAAUUUGUGGAUAUUGUAUCGACACGCUUUAUUCUAAACCAUAGAUGCAUGCGGUAAAGAGGACAUUUGAACUAGAUCAGAUUUGUUGAAUGUGCGCCAAUCCGGCGUUCUUCUAUCCCCAACGGUCUUCCAUUUACCUCUUUACCACGUCUAUUGGAAAUGAGCGAUGUUGAAGAAUUAAAGUGUGUUUUUAAAUAAAUGGUGGAUCGAUUCUGUGUAUAAUUGCAGUAUAGUUUGACUAGUACACUGUCGAGGUGAUGGCCAUUGUCUGUUUUUGUAUAACUUUUCAAGGUUUUGAGAGAGACAAAGAAACCUUGCCACUCUGUAGUGGUUGAUUUUGUGACUGUGAUGUCAUUUUGGCUUUCUCUCAGUGGGUUGGAGGGCGUUACUCCCUUUGGUCGGCUAUUGGGCUGUCCAUUGCGCUGCACAUAGGUAUGUCUGUCUGUUUGUCUACAUUAGAGCUCUACGGAUGUAGUGUAUACAGAAGGAGCAUAUCGUCUGUAUAUUGCAGAUUUGCGCUUUUUGUCAAAUGCUAAAAGUUGGUUUGUGAAUUCAAAUGGAAAGCAGCGUAACUACUACUAGUAAUUCGAGGUUAAGGGUUGAUCCUCCUAACACCUUUUUUCUACAUAUCCUGUCACCAUGCAGGGUUUGAGAACUUUGAGCAGCUUCUGGCCGGUGCUCACUGGAUGGUAGGCACAUUUCUCCUUCAUUUAGUGUCAAUUCAACACAACUGAAAAUAAUCCCAAACUAGAUCAAUAUAGAAUUGAAAAAAACAAACAUGUAUGCACUCACUAACUGUAAAGUCGCUCUGGAUAAGAGCGUCUGCUAAAUGACUAAAAUGUAAUGUAAUAUGUUGUUUUAAAAUGACUGGGUUGUCUUUCCCAGGACAACCAUUUCAACAGCACCCCCCUGGAGCAGAAUGUCCCCGUUCUGCUUGCCGUGCUGGGUGUCUGGUACAUCAACUUCUUCCAGGCCGAGACCCACGCCAUGCUGCCCUACGACCAAUACAUGCACCGCUUCGCUGCAUACUUCCAGCAGGUCAGUCAGGCAGGCGGCCAUACAUGGGUUCAAAUACUAUUUUAAAUCUUUAAAAUAUUUUGAGCGUUUGCUUUAGCAUGCUUGGAGUGCCACGUGGGUGGGGUUUGCACUUUGGGAAUUUUCUAUUGGUUCCAUUCAACAGGCAAGCCCGAACAACCACAGCUGAAGUAUUUGAAAAUAUUUAAAAUAGUAUUUGAACCUAGUUCUGAGUAAUACAGGCAGGCAGGAGCCAGGAAUGACCAUAUGCUAGGACUGUAGGGACUGGGACAGGGCAUCUGUUUGGGCUAGACAAAGAGAAACCAGGGACAGGAUCAUGUUGCGUAGACGAUAGUAGGUGAUAGUAAUAUGGUGGAAAUUUGCUGAAGCUUUUGCUUACACCUAUCCAGUCUGUCAGAUCUACAAAGGGAAGGAAAAUACAUGAUUUCUAAUAAGGGUGACGUGCAGGUGCGCUAGAAUAUAAGAAGUGAUUCAAAAUCAUAGAUUACCUUACAACACUUCCUUUCAAUGUUUCACCUUUUUUAUUUAUGAAGCAAAUAUUUCAGUCUAACCAACAUAACUGUAACUGUCUUUCAUCCACAGGGCGACAUGGAGUCCAACGGGAAGUACAUCACUAAAGAUGGCGCUCGUGUCAACUACCACACCGGACCCAUCGUCUGGGGCGAGCCCGGAACCAACGGACAGCACGCCUUCUACCAGCUCAUCCACCAAGGUAACUACCACACACCUGUCCUGUCCUCCAGACCCUUGUUCACAAUAUGGACUGUUACAGUAUAUGAACCAAUUACUAUUAUAUCAUUCUCUAAUACCUGCUGAAAUAAGAUUGAAAUAAAACGUGACCUCUCCAACCUUCUGUGUUUUGACCCUUCCAGGCACACGUAUGAUUCCUGCUGACUUCCUCAUUCCUGCCCAGACACAGCACCCCAUCAGGGACAGCCUCCACCACAAGGUAGUGCACCAUCAUGGCUCUCUAAAUGUAUUAGUACCCUAAUGGCUAAUCCAACAUCCUCUACGCUUACACGAUCACUCUGCCACAUAACCUAUUCUAUCGUUCAACCAUUGAAACUGUCGACUCGACUUAAUUUAUUCAGACUUUAAUUAAUUUCAUUUUUUCGAACUAGUAUUCUUUCUCAGUCAAACCCAGAAUUAUGCCAAAUGUACAUACAGAGUUUGAUUAAAACAGUUUAUUAAUAUUUAUGUAUUUGACUAUACCUCUGGAUCUCCAUAGAUCCUGAUGGCCAACUUCCUGGCCCAGACAGAGGCCCUGAUGAAGGGGAAGACUUCAGACGAGGCCAGGAAGGAGCUGGAGGCCACUGGCCUGGGAGGAGCAGAGCUGGAGCAACUGCUGCCACACAAAGUGAGUGGAUUUACUCAUCAGACUACAGAUGCACUACUUUUGACCAGGCCACACUAUUCCCUUUAUAGUGCACUACUUUUGACCAGAGCCCUAUGGGCCAUGAGGCUCUUAUCAAAAGUAGUGCACUAUAAAGGGAAUAGGGUGCCAUUUGAGACGCAGAAACUGCCACACUUAUCAGACAGACACUGGGCCAGUCUAAUCUAUUGAUGAAAAUAUAUGCAUCAUUGAUUGUCAGUGUUGUUUCUGGAUGAUGCUUUGAUGUACAGUAUGUUUGGUCAGUUAUUGUUAAACGCUGUAUUUUUCCCUCAAUGAAAGGUCUUCCAGGGGAAUAAGCCCAGCAACUCCAUUGUUUUCAAGAAGCUGUCACCCUUCAUGCUGGGAGCACUGGUUGGUAAGUACUGUAGUAGCUAUUGCCAUGUCAACAGUCAAUCCCUACCCAGAAUAAAACCGUAGUAUUUUAUAAUAUUGAUUUAUAGUAUCGUUAAGGAAGAGGAGCAUGAGCGUACCGAUAGGACACAUGGGGAGUGAGUAGCUCCAUUUUGUACUGCCAAAACUGUGGUUAUAUGUAGAAGCCAGACAACAGUUUUUAAAUGAAGUCUCUAAAAUCGAUAGAUCAACAUAUCCCCAAGCAACUAGGAGAGAGUGAACGAACAGUCAGUUAUGUACAACAGCGAACAAAUCAGUUGGUAAAGCGACUUGGCAACACAAAUCAAACCAGCCAUGGCUUCCCUCAGAGGAAAAGACAAGGAACAACUUGGAUAUGCAAACGAGAGUAAUGAACAGCUAAAGGAUAUCCAGGAAAACAUAGCUAAAAUAUUCUCAAUGCUCACCAAAACAAACAAACGGUUACAAUUAGUUGUUAAGAAAAGUAGAUUUGCUCGAAAAUAAAGUUGAUUCUAUCGUGUUAGACAUGCACAUACAAGGUGUGCGCAUGAACGAAAAAGACAACAAAAUUAGCCUUCUGGAAACAAGGUUGCAAACAGCAAGAAAACAGAAUGAGACUAAACAACAUGAGAAUAUUGUCCUUACUGGAAGACGAGGAACAAGGAGACCUUUCCAGCUAUGUGGUCAAACCGAUAUCAGAGGAGCUUGAUGUGGAUAUAUCACAGGAGGAUCUGUCUCAGUGUGAAACAGAAGAACGCUAAAUACCCAUGCAUGGAAGUCUUCAAGCUGUAGAACUAGUAGACCAAAGUCAAAAUUCUGUAGGCACGGGGGAAAAAAGAUUAGAAUCCAUGGCCAGUCCAGUCGAUUCGUCCAGGACCUGUCUGCUAAGCUGAGAAAAAACGCAAGCAAUACAUUCCGAUCAGACAGUCAGUGGAGGAAAAAGGAAUCAAGUCUCAACUCUGCAGGGCUUCCCGAGUGGCGCAGCGGUCUAAGGCACUGCAUCGCAGUGCUUGAGGCGUCACUACAGACCUGGGUUCAAUCCCAGGCUGUGUCACAACCGGCCGUGACCGGGAGUCCCAUAGGGCGGCGCACAAUUGGCCCAGUGUCGUGAGGGUUUGGCCGGUGGGGCAUUACUUGGCUCAUCGCUCUCUAGCGGCUCCUUGUGGCGGGCCGGGCGCCUGCAGGCUGACUUCGGUCGACAGUUGACCGGUGUUUCCUCCGACACAUUGGUGCGGCUGGCUUCCGGGUUAAGCGGGCGGGUGUUAAGAAGCGCGUUUUGGAGGGUCAUGUGUGGAGGACGCAUGACUUGACCUUCGCCUCUCCCGAGCCCAUUGGGGAGUUGCAGCGAUGAGACAAGAUCGUAAUUGGAUUGCUUCCCGGCAGUGCUGUGGGUAUGGAAAGGAACACAAAAGAUGGAAUUCACAAGUGCCAAUGUAAAUUCCAUCUUAACAGGCUGCAGUUGAAAGAGAGCCCAAUGCCCUGAGGAGAGGACGAAGCUGGAAAAAGUGAUAAGUACACUAGGCUUCAUACAGUGAUGCCCAAGACCAGUUUAUCGUAACUUGGAUUUCUUCAAAUGUUAUUGUGUUACAAAGUGGGAUUAAAAUUGAUUUGUCAUUUUUUGUCAACGAUCUACACAAAACUCUAAUGUCAAAGUGGAAGAACAAUUCUAACAUUCUUUUUAGAUUAAUGAAAAAUAAAACACUAAUAUACUUUGAUUAGUUAAGUAUUCACCCCCCUGAGUUAGAAACACCUUUGGCAGUGAUUACAGCUGUGAGUCUUUUUGGGUAAGUCUCAUAAGAGCUUUGCACACCUGUUUUGUGCAAUUAUUCUUUUUUAAAGUCUUCAAGCUCUGUCAAGUUGGUUGUUGAUCAUUGCUAGACUGCCAUUUUCAAGUCUUGCCAUAGAUUUUCAAGUACAAUCCAGGUGUGCAAGCAGAGGUGUAGGCAUCCUGAUAAAUAAGAAUAUGGACCAAGAAUGCUGCUUUCUAAUGUUGAAUUAUGCCUUACAUGAUGAAAAAUACACAUUGAUUUCAUUGCAUAUCCCACCAGGGGCAAAUAUUUUAUAUAUAUAUACAGUGAGGGGAAAAAGUAUUUGAUCCCCUGCUGAUUUUGUAUGUUUGCCCACUGACAAAAAAAUGAUCAGUCUAUAAUUUUAAUGGUAGGUUUAUUUGAACAGUGAGAGACAGAAUAACAACAAAAAAAUCCAGAAAGACGCAUGUCAAAAAUGUUAUAAAUUGAUUUGCAUUUUAAUGAGGGAAAUAAGUAUUUGACCCACUCUCAAUCAGAAAUAUUUCUGGCUCCCAGGUGUCUUGUAUACAGGUAACGAGCUGAGAUUAGGAGCACACUCUUAAAGGGAGUGCUCCUAAUCUCAGCUUGUUACCUGUAUAAAAGACACCUGUCCACAGAAGCAAUCAAUCAAUCAGAUUCCAAACUCUCCACCAUGGCCAAGACCAAAGAGCUCUCCAAGGAUGUCAGGGACAAGAUUGUAGACCUACACAAGGCUGGAAUGGGCUACAAGACCAUCGCCAAGCAGCUUGGUGAGAAGGUGACAACAGUUGGUGCGAUUAUUCGCAAAUGGAAGAAACACAAAAUAACUGUCAAUCUCCCUCGGCCUGUGGCUCCAUGCAAGAUUUCACCUCGUGGAGUUGCAAGGAUCAUGAGAAUGGUGAGGAAUCGUCCCAGAACUACACGGGAGGUUCUUGUCAAUGAUCUCAAGGCAGCUGGGACCAUAGUCACCAAGAAAACAAUUGGUAACACACUACGCCGUGAAGGACUGAAAUCCUGCAGCGCCCGCAAGGUCCCCCUGCUCAAGAAACCACAUAUACAGGCCCGUCUGAAGUUUGCCAAUUAACAUCUGAAUGAUUCAGAGGAGAACUGGGUGAAAGUGUUGUGGUCAGAUGAGACCAAAAUCGAGCUCUUUGGCAUCAACUCAACUCGCCGUGUUUGGAGUAGGAUGAAUGCUGCCUAUGACCCCAAGAACACCAUCCCCACCGUCAAACAUGGAGGUGGAAACAUUAUGCUUUGGGGGUGUUUUUCUGCUAAGGGGACAGGACAACUUCACCGCAUCAAAGGGACGAUGGACGGGGCCAUGUACCGUCAAAUCUUGGGUGAGAACCUCCUUCCCUCAGCCAGGGCAUUGAAAAUGGGUCGUGGGUGGGUAUUCCAGCAUGACAAUGACCCAAAACACACGGCCAAGGCAACAAAGGAGUGGCUCAAGAAGAAGCACAUUAAGGUCCUGGAGUGGCCUAGCCAGUCUCCAGACCUUAAUCCCAUAGAAAAUCUGUGGAGGGAGCUGAAGGUUCGAGUUGCCAAACGUCAGGCUCGAAAUCUUAAUGACUUGGAGAAGAUCUGCAAAGAGGAGUUGGACAAAAUCCCUCCUGAGAUGUGUGCAAACCUGGUGGCCAACUACAAGAAACGUCUGACCUCUGUGAUUGCCAACAAGGGUUUUGCCACCAAGUACUAAGUCAUGUUUUGCAGAGGGGUCAAAUACUUACUUCCCUCAUUAAAAUGCAAAUCAAUUUAUAACAUUUUUGACAUGCGUUUUUCUGGAUUUGUUGUUAUUCUGUCUCUCACUGUUCAAAUAAACCUACCAUUAAAAUUAUAGACUGAUCAUGUCUUUGUCAGUGGGCAAACGUACAAAAUCAUCAGGGGAUCAAAUAGUUUUUUCCCUCACUGUAUGUAUGAAUGCAUAUAUAUAUAUAUAUAUAUAUAUAUAUAUAUAUAUAUAUAUAUAUAUAUAUAUUCAAGCUAUAUUAGAUCUAUAUAUUAGAUCAAAUCUGGACAAUAACUAUUAAUUUUGCAGGCAACCUAAAUCAUACAUUCGAUAAGAUUGACAGACGUCAUAAAGGCAAAUUCAAGGAGCCUCCAGAGGCUGAACAUUUUCAUCUCUACAAAUAAUCUACAGGACACAUGGAGACUACUAUUUUUUUUUUCUUUCAAAGUAAGAAAAGCUACUCAAGAAGUGACUUUUUUUUUUCUUCAGAAAUGCACUCAACAAUCCAUUACAUACUGAUAUCGGAUCCUUCUUCGGUGUCAUGCAUAUUUACACCAAUAGAAAAUACACAAAGCGACAGAAUAUGAGGAAUGAACAGUGCGCAUCUUCAAGACCUGAAAUGUAUUAAAUAUGUAAAUGUUUUUAAAAAAUACAUUACAAAUGUUGACAUAGAGGAUAGAGAAAAGCCGACCCCCGAUUAUAAUUUUGGAUGCGUUUAAGGCAUACAUUAGGGGAAUGAUCAUCUCAUACUCUGCAAAAGUUUAAUCUUAGUUAGUGAUCUAUUUUAAUUUAAUUAAAAUUCAUCAAAAUAACAUUUCUAAACUUAAGCAGGAAUAUGAUCUUUUACUUUCGAAGAUAGCCAACAACUACAGGUUAAACUCAAAGCAUACUACUUAAUGGCAAAUAAACCUGGUAAACAUCUCGCAGCCCUCACAAAACAAAUACACGCCAAACCAGUUAUAAUCUUAAAAGAUAGAUACAGAAGCGUUAAUUAGAAACAAUGCAAUUAAUGACUAUUUUUAAAGCUUAUUUGAAAAACUAUACAAUGCAUUCGGAAAGUAUUCAGACCCCUUGACUUUUUCCACAUUUUGUUACGUUACAGCCUUAUUCUAAAAUUGAUUAAAUAAAAACGAAUCCUCAUCAAUAUACACACUACCCCAUAAUGACAAAGCAAAAACAGUUAUGACAUUUUUGCAAAUUUAUUAAAAGUAAAAAAACAUACCCUAUUUACAUAUGUAUUCAGAUCCUUUGCUAUGAGACUCGAAAUUGAGCUCAGUUGCAACCUGUUUCCAUUGAUCAUCCUUGAGAUGUUUCUACAACUUGAUUGGAGUCCACCUGUGGUAAAUUAAAUUGAUUGGACAUGAUUUGGAAAGGCACACACCUGUCUAUAUAAGGCCCCACAGUUGACAGUGCAUGUCAGAGCAAAAACCAAGCCAUGAUUGUCCGUAGAGCUCCGAGACAGGAUUGUGUCGAGGCAGAGAUCUGGGAAAGGGUACCAAAACAUUUCUGCAGCAUUGAAGGUCCCCAAGAACACAGUGGCCUCCAUCAUUCUGAAAUUGAAGAAGUUUGGAACCACCAAGACUCUUCCUAGAGCUGGCCGCCCAGCCAAACUGCGCAAUCGGGGGAGAAGGGCCUUGGUCAGGGAGGUGACCAAGAACCCGAUGGUACCUCUGACAGAGCUCCAGAGUUCCUCUGCGGAGAUGGGAGAACCUUCCAGAAGGACAACCAUCUCUGCAGCACUCCACCUAUCAGGCCUUUAUGGUAGAGUGGCCAGACGAUAACCACUCCUCAGUAAAAGGCACAUGACAGCCUGCUUGGAGUUUGCCAAAAGGUACCUAAAGACUCUCAGACCAUGAGAAACAAGAUUCUCUGGUCUGAUGAAACCAAGAUUGAACUCUUUGGCCUGAAUGCCAAGCGUCACAUCUGUAGGAAACCUGGCACCAUCCCUACGGUGACGCAUGGUGGUGUUAGCAUCAUGCUGUGGGGAUGUUUUUCAGCGGCAGGGACUGGGAGACUAGUCAGGAUCAAGGGAAAAAUGAACAACACAAAGUACAUAGACAUCCUUGAUGAAAACCUGCUCAGGACCUCAGACUGGGGCGAAGGUUCACCUUCCAACAGGACAACGACCAUAAGCACACAGCCAAGACAUCGCGGGAGUGGCUUCAGGACAAGUCUCAAUGUCCUUGAGUGGCCCAGCCAGAGCCCGGACUUGAACCCGAUCGAACAUCUCUGGAGAGACUUGAAAAUAGCUGUGUAGCGACGCUCCCCAUCCAACCUGACAGCGCUUCAGAGGAUCUGCAGAGAAGAAUGGGAGAAACUCCCCAAAUACAGGUGUGCCAAGCUUGUAGCGUCCUACCCAAGAAGACUCGAGGCUGUAAUCGCUGCCAUAGGUGCUUCAACAAAGUACUGAGUAAAGGGUCUGAAUACUUAUGUAAAUGUGAUAUCAGUUUUUUUUUUUUUUAUACAUUUGUUAAAAGAUUGAGGGGGAAAAAACAAUUGAAUCCAUUUUACAAUAAGGCUGUAACGUAACAAAAUGUGGAAAAAGUCAAGCGAUCUGAAUACUUUCCGAAUGCACUGUAUACACUGAACUAAAAUGUAAACGCAACACAUAAAGUGUUGGUCCCAUAUUUCAUGAGCUGAAAUGAAAUAACCCAGACAUUUUCCAUAUGCACAAAAAUAUUAUUUAGCUCAAAUUGUGCACAAAUGUGUUUACAUCCCUGUUAGUGAGCAUUUCUCAUUUGCCAAGAUAAUCCAUCUACCUGACCGUUGUGGAAUAUCAAGAAGCUGAUUAACCAGCAUGAUCAUUACACAGGUGCACCUUGUGCUGGGGACAAUAAAAAGCCACACUAAAAUGUGCCAUUUUGUUACACAACACAAUGCCACAGGGAGCGAGCAAUUGGCAUGCUGAUUGCAGGAAUGUCCACCAGAGCUGUAGCCAGAGAAUUUAAUGUUCAUUUCUCUACCAUAAGCCAUAAAAUCUUUGAAAUUGUUGCAUUUUGCAUUUUAUAUUUUUGAUCAGUUACAUUUAACUGGUUAAGUCAACUGUAACUAGGCCGCUCAGGAACAUUCAAUGUCUCCUUGGUAAGCAACUCCAGUGUAUAUUUGGCCUUGUGUUUUAGGUUAUUGGCCGUCUGAAAGGUGAAUUUGUCUCCCAGUGUCUGUUGGAAAGAAGACUGAACCAGGUUUUCCUCUAGGAUUUUGCCUGUUCUUAGCUCUAUUCCGUUUAUUUUUAUCCCCAAGAAAACUCCCUAGUUCUUGCCGAUGACAAGAAUACCCAUAACAUGAUGCAGCCACCACCAUGCUUGAAAAUAUGAAGUGGUACUCGAUGUUGUGUUGGAUUUUCCCAAACAUAACGCUUUGUAUUCAGGACAUAAAGUUCAUUUAUUUGGCAAUUUUUUUUUGCAGUUUUACUUUAGUGCCUUAUUCCAAACUGGAUGCAUGUUUUGGAUAUUUUUUUAUUCUGUACAGGCUUCAAUCUUUUCACUGUCAUUUAGGUUAGUAUUGUGGAGUAACUGCAAUGUUGUUGAUCCUUCCCCAGUUUUCUCCUAUCACAGCCAUUACACUAACUGUUUUAAAGUCACCAUCUUUGUAGUGACUGGGUGUAUUGAUGCACCAUCCAAAGUUUAAUGAAUAACUUCACCAUACUCAAAGGGAUAUUCAAUGUCAUCUUUUUUUUUUUUCUACCCAUCUACGAAUAGGUGCCCUUCUUUGCGAGGCAUUGGCAAACCUCCCUGGUCUUUGUGGUUGAAUCUGUGUUUGAAAUUCACUGCUCGACUGAGGGACCGUACAGAUAAUUGUAAUUUGUAAAAAAAAAUCUAAAAACAUAAUUACACUUUGACAUUAUGGGAUAUUGUGUGUAGACCAGUGACACAAUCUCAAUUUAAUCCAUUUCAAAUUCAGGCUAUAACAACAACAUUUGGAAAAAGUCAACGGUGUGAAUACUUUCUGAAGGCACUGUAAUUAACGAAAUUACAGUUAGCGAAAAUGUACGCUUAAUCCAGUAUAAACUAAUGUAUAGAAUUUAUUAUACAAGAGACAAAAUGCACAAAUUCUACAGCACAACGGCAGAGUCAUGUCUUAAGUGUAAAACUAGCAAUGACUGCUAUAAAGUCCAAAGGUUAUGGGCGGAGUUAGAAAGUUGGCUGACAAAAGUAUUACAAUGUAAAUGUACUUUUAAUCUGUCUGUCUGUCUGCAUAUUUCAAGACAUGGCAUAUGAAGCUGUAGUGAGAUACCCAAUGGGUUGGACAAUACUUUUCUCGUCAAUCAUCUUGAAAAAGCGUAUACUUAACUGGAAAUCAACCAGUCCUCUGUCAACAUAAUGGAAAGGUCAAAUGCUUUAUUAUCUAAAUGUUGAAAGUGUGGAGAGAAACAAAAUGGUGCCGUUUGAGGCCACGUGGCAGAGAGUGAUGCGGGCGCUGGAGAUGCGGGUGUGAGCAUGUGGGUCUGGGCAGGUGUGAUUUAGUUGUUGUUUUGUAUGUUUAUUGUAAAAAAAUAUAUAUUAAAAAAUUAAAAAUUGUUACGUUUUCUAUUUACAUUUACCAGUACUAAGUUUUCUCCUCUGUUUUCCAGCCAUGUACGAGCACAAGAUCUUUGUGCAGGGAGUUAUGUGGAACAUCAACAGCUACGACCAGUGGGGGUAGGCGUCAGUGAGAAUAUAUAUGGAAUAUUAAAUAUAAAUGUUUUCCUAUAUUUUAAUGUAUAUUUCCCCCUAUAUUUUUAUGUAUGUAUUUAAUCUAUCAUAUUCUCCUUCCUACCCUCAGAGUUGAGCUGGGCAAACAGCUGGCCAAGGCGAUUGAGCCGGAGCUGAGGGACAGUUCCGAGGUCCACACUCACGAUUCCUCUACCAACGGGCUCAUCAACUUCCUCAAGAAGAACUCAGCCUAA